GUUUCCCAGAUGAACACCAAAAUCUCUCUCUGUCUCUCUGCGAAUAGCCGGUAGCCGCGUAUCUCAGACCUGGCUUCCUUCUCUCCGGCUCAUAUUUUCUUACCGAAUUUACUAUUUGUGUUCUCUCUUCUUUCCUCUUUAUUAGUUCGUGGAUGAAUUGAAAUUUGAUAACAUUUCGUGUCUUUUAAUUUCUAGGAAGUUGUUGAAUUAUAGGAUUCGAAUAAUUGAAACCGAAUAUGCUGUUACACCAACCGUUCUCCGCUUUCGUCAUAGGUUUUGGUUGUUUUCGAAAUCCUCUGACACUCUCGUUGGGCUUUCUUCUUCCUUCUUUUAAUCUAGAAUUUGUUGUCUGUGUAUUUGAAUUUGCAUUGCGGGGCAAUUAUAAUCAAAGAGAAUGACGAGAAUUCCCAAUUUUAGGAUUGAUUCUUGGGAGUUUUGAAGUUUAUCUAACCUGGGUAUUAUCGUUUUUAGCUGAAGAAGCCUUCCAAUUUCGCGGGGGUGGUUAAUCGGGUUCCUGAAUGGUGAUGGGGUUUUUGAGAUUUUGCUGAUGUUCGACGAAAUUGGGAAAUUUUCGUGGGGAAAAUCGUUUUUAUUUAUUCAAUGGCGGGGAUUUGAGAUUUUAUGAUCUGGGUUAUCGGAGGAAUUCAAGUAUUGGAGGAUGUACGCCGUGGAGAGGCUGAGCAGCUACAUCUCCCGGGGCGUGUACACCGUCUCUGGUCCAUUUCAUCCCUUCGGAGGAGCUGUGGACAUAAUCGUUGUCGAGCAGGAAGACGGGAGCUUCAAGUCAUCGCCUUGGUAUGUUCGAUUUGGGAAAUUUCAGGGGGUUUUGAAGACGAAGGAGAAGAUUGUGAACAUAAGUGUUAAUGGGGCGGAAGCUGAUUUGCACAUGUAUUUGGAUCAUAAAGGGGAAGCUUACUUUCUCAGGGAGGUGGACGGAGAGGAAGGGGAUUCUGUGUUAUAUCCUUUGUCUUCUGGUAUUGAGACAGAUGAGCAGUCCCAAAACAGGAGGCCGCUGAAGGCCCAAAGUUGCAAUUUCGAUUCGAAUAAGCCGGAACUGGUUAACCAGAUUGAUGUGAACAAUGGGAAGAUUGUGGCCAGGACUGGUUCGCGGCGGUCUCGGCUUUUGGGGCUUGUUUUCGGCCGGAGGUCGAUGAAGGAGGAUCGGUUUCAGGACGGAGAGGGUAGUCCUUCUGGGAUGGUGAGGAUAACCUCAUUGGAGCGUGCUGAAAUUGCAGCUGAUCUCUUGGAGAUGAAGUGGUCUACUGAUCUUGCCACGAAGAAGCCUAAGAAGGACAAUACUUCAAGGCACUCUGCCACGGAUAUUUUGGAUGGUGAGGGGAUUAAUGAUGGAGAAAGUGAGGAGAGCUCAUUUGUGCCAGAGGACAUAGAAAAUCGUUCAGAACAUUCUGUUUCACAUGAUGGCGCUGGUUCCUUGGACAGCAAUGUGGGCAACAGUAGUGAGUUUGGCUUACCGAAAUCUGAGUGUUCCAAUGGAGAUACAACCAAAAUAUCCUCUUUAGAUACCCUGGACCAAGCUGUAGAAAUACCCGCUUUGGGUGAAAGUGAAUUGGAAGAGGGAUGCUGCUUAAUUCCUCAAAUGUCAAAAGAUGACAAAUUUUGUGUAGGGAGUUCCGUCCAUGGUGAGAAAUCAAAAGAUGUGAUAUCUGAGGCCACCAGCACCGAUUCACAUAUUCCAAAUUUGCCUGAGCUAGAGACAUGUCCUGGCAAGCAGUCUGGUGAAGAACAGAUGUUUGACCAAAAGGAUGUUGUUUUACCAGGUCAGGAUGUUUCUGAGGAGGGUGAAACGCAUAGAGUGCGAUCCUUUUUAUACUGUGAGACAUCAGAGAGCUCCACAUUGAGGCUGGAUGGUUCCAGUGACGAAACCCAUGAGACUUUGUUCCUUUCUUGUGCAGGAUGUGGGGAAGUCGAUGUUCAUGCUGAAGCUCUUCAUGUGUCAGAGGUAAGCUCUCCACUAGAGUCUGGUGUGUUACUGACAAAAGAUCCGUUGAACAAUACAGGAGUAAUAGGAGAUAGGGAUGGUUUGAACCUUCUUCAUGACAGGAAAAAUAUUGAAAGCGAGGGAACUUCUAUGAGCACAGUUACAAAUAGUAUUGUGACUGAAUCAGUUUCUUCAAUUGAUGCACACUUGGUAACUUCUAAUGCUGUUGAGAGUGAGGCAUUAGAAGUUGUUCAGCAUGGUUCAGUUACUGAGACACCUGCGGAAAAUAUUAAUUUGAAUGGAGAAGAAGUGGAAGUUUCGGAGAAUAAUUCUGAACAUAAAAAUCCAGCUGAAAACCAUGAGGUUGACCUUGAAGAACCAUCCACGGCUCAAGAAUCACAAAUGGUCAGUAACAGUAAUUGUGUGCUGUCAGAGUCAGUAACUAUUUCACCAUGGCAAGGAUCAGAUGAACAGAAUUUACUUUUUAAUGACCUAAUUAGUUCUAAUCCCAGUGACAACAUCCAUAUUAUGGAGUCAGCUUCUCCCCUGUCGCAGUCAUCAUCAGAUGGGCUUGUUCAAGAUAAUCUUUCAAGUGUUAUUAUUGAAGAGUUUAUUGAGAAGCAGAUGACAAGAUCGAGCUCCAUUACUAUUCCUGGAAUUCGGAAGGUUGCUGGUGAGGAAGUUGGGCGGCUAGUAAAAUCUUUACCCAAUAUUUUGUCUCACACUGACAAUAUGGACACACUUCACCUUCGUCGUUCAUUAAGUGAUUCUCUGGAUUCAAGUUCCAAAAUCUUGAAUUCAGCAUUGCUUGGGAACGAUGUCUCAAACUGUAUAAAAUCAGAUGCAGAUGAAGAAGAACAAUUAGCACCUGAGCGGCAAACUAGUACUAGUGAAGGCACUGAGAUAUCAGUGGAGCUCCAGAAUGUUAUGGCCAGGCAUGGAGUUGAGAUAUCUCUUUGCAAACACUUACUAUAUGAAGGGAUGGGGGCUGAAGCUGCUUCUCAGGCUUUUGAUUCUGAAAAACUGGAUCUGGACAAAUUUGCUUCCCUUGGUCCAGAUGUUAUAAAGAAUGAUAGACUAAUUGUCAGAAUUGGCAGUCACUACUUCCCGUGGUAUGCAGCCGCGUCUAUCAUUUUAAGAAUGGUUUCUUUCGGAAGUGAGCAACUUCUUGAACCAGAAGGUAUAAUAGCAGUUGACCAAGUUGAGAAAACUCAAGAAGCAGAUCCAUCAAAAUCUAUCGUUGUCCACAAUGGAAGCUGGCGAAUUUGGCCUUUUUCUUUAAAAAGGUCAAGAAGUAUGAAACCUUUGCAGCCAACUUUGAAUGGUACUGGAAGUUCUGAUGCUCAAAAUGCUUCGGAGAGCAGAAUUGGGAUGGGUGGAGACAAAAGUGUUAUUAAAACCAUGGUUACUAAGAAGAUAAGGACAAAAACACCAACAUCUGAACAGCUAGCAUUGUUGAACCUGAAGGAAGGGAGAAACACGGUAACCUUCACCUUCUCAACUGCAGUGCUGGGAAAUCAGCAGGUUGAUGCCAGAAUUUAUUUGUGGAAAUGGAACACUCGCAUAGUAAUCUCCGACGUUGAUGGGACAAUUACUAGAUCAGAUGUUCUAGGACAGUUCAUGCCUAUGGUUGGAAUAGAUUGGUCACAGACAGGUGUUGCACAUCUGUUUUCAGCCAUCAAGGAAAAUGGGUAUCAAUUGCUUUUUCUUAGUGCACGUGCAAUUUCUCAAGCCCGUCAUACUAGAAGUUUCCUUUUCAAUCUUAAGCAGGAUGGAAAGGCUUUACCAGAUGGGCCAGUUGUUAUAUCCCCGGAUGGACUUUUUCCUUCUCUCUUUCGAGAAGUAAUUAGAAGAGCUCCUCAUGAAUUCAAGAUCGCUUGCCUAGAGGGUAUCAAGGCAUUGUUUCCUUCUGAUUGCAAUCCAUUCUAUGCGGGUUUUGGUAACAGAGACACUGAUGAGAUUAGCUACCUUAAGGUGGGAAUCCCAAAAGGAAAAAUUUUCAUAAUCAAUCCUAAGGGUCAUGUUGCUGUGAACCGCUGUGUUGACACAAAAUCAUAUACAUCUCUCCAUGAACUUGUGAAUGGGAUGUUUCCACCCAUGUCCUCUUCUGAGCAGGAGGAUUAUAAUUCAUGGAAUUUCUGGAAACUACCUCCUCCUGAUCUUGAUGUCUAAGAUUGUCAAGAAUAAAUUAUUGCUCAACACUCUAGAUUCGGAAACGGAGGGCAUUCACAGCUUCUUUUGAAAGGACUCAGGUAAAUUUUAAUUUUGUCUUUGGUUAGUUUGUAAAUAACAUGGAAUGGAAAUUUUUGGCAGUGCUCUGAAUUCCCCAUCAAAAUCUCCCACAUGCAUGAAUCCACAGAGUGAAUUUUUCUAGUGCAUCCAGAUGACACCAGCAACAUUGGAAUGAUGAUUCUGGUGGUUUCAGUGAACCACUAUUUUGUUUAUUUAGAAAUUUGUCUUUUAACAAUGAACAGACUGGGAAGAACCAAAAUCAUUUCUUCAAGGAAUAGGAUAUGCUUAUUCUGCAUGUAAGCAGAAUGAAUGGUUACUUUCUGGACAUGAGUGGUCUUAAGGAUGUAGUGGAGACCCAAUUGCAUGCAUUCUAGGACAACAUUUCUGAAAUUUUAAGUGAAAGAGAGCUUUAUAGAA